CGUACUCGGUAUAACUCUUAACUUGCAGCUCGGUGUGUCGCUACUGAUGCAAGCAUGUUAGGAUCAUGCCUUUUUCCACUGACACAAGCUGGCCAGAAUUUUUACUCAACUUCUUCGAAGUCGUUCGUCAACAAAACGGGUCCCACCGAUCUCGCUAUCCUGGGCCUUAUAACACGCUCCUUAAUUACUCUCUCACUAAAGAGUCCUUCACCCUCCUCCUUUGCCCGCAGUCCACCCUCGAUGAGAUUCUUGCGCAUGAUCCGGUAGAUUUUGUUGUCUUUUAUGUGAUUACCACUGCACAACAGAAGCCAGUUCUCAUUGCGGAGAUCAAAGACGACAGAUCCGACGGGCUUAGUACGCGCCUGAAGGCGGAUGCCCAGAUACGCCAACGGUACGAUGAGUUGCUUCGCCAUUGCCCUAUUCCUCGCCUGUAUGGGUUGAGCCUGCUCGGUACUUCCCUUCGUAUUUAUUGUGGCCACAGGGACACGGGCAAUAUUACACCUCGCUUUGUCGACCGCCCCUGUGUUUUGCCACCCGACUUCUUGGAGGGGGGGUGGGAUUUAGACAUCCUGUCUCCGGCUGGAUUCAACAAGAUGCAGGAGAUUGUUGCGUAUGUCAAGGCGGAAGUCGCCAAAAUUGAGGAACAUUGAAUGAGGUGGAAGCUUGUUGAACGACCUUUUUUUUUUCAAUGGGCAGCGAGCCUUAGGCUGCCAUUUGAUUUUUUGUUCAAAGUCUUCUUUGAGCUCGCUCUCUUUUUAUGGUCGCCUACAUCGUGACGUUUCUCAAACAGGACGAUGUCCCAGUCGAGAUCAUACCCCCUUUUAUAGUCUUUGACGACUUUGAGGAACGAGAGACCUGAUGUUCCGGCACCAAUGACAGCUACGCGCUUUGGUGACCGAUGGACUCGGAGGGUUUGCUGCUCGGGCACUCUAAGCGAAUAUCCCCAGGAUAGAAGUUCACUGAGCAAGGCAGCGGCUGGGUUCAUAAGUAGAACGUGCCCAGACUCGUACCCAGUCGUCAUUGCUCGUGGAUGCGUCUGGAGCUAGUGUACCCGAGUUUUGAGGGUUAG